GAUUUUCUUGGCGCACCAUUCUGGUUUAGGGUUUAGGAAUUAGGGUUUCUCCGGCCAUCGACGUCACGAUGAGCGGCGCCGCGGGAUCGCCGGACUUCUUUUGUCGACAAGCUCAGCGCCUUGGCUACGUCGCUCGUUCUGCUUUCAAGUUGCUGGAGAUGCAGAAGCAGUACAAGCUUAUAACCCCUGGAGCUUCUGUUCUUGAUCUUGGAUGCGCUCCUGGUGCUUGGCUUCAGGUGGCAUGCCAGAGCUUAGGUCCUUUGGAGAAGGGAGGAGUGGUUGUUGGUGUGGAUGUGAAGAAGGUGAAGGUUCCUUCUUCUCAUUGUGACUCAAGAGUGAGGACUGUUUGUGCUGAUGCUAUGACUCUUCUUAAAGAUCAUGCUCGAGCUCUCUCACCACAGGAGAAGGGCUUUUCUGUCAUACUAUCGGACAUGUGCCCUGUUGUUUCUGGUAUCACCACCAAAGAUGCAGCUUUAUCUGUUGAAUUGGGAAGGCGAGCUCUCUCAUUGGCUGUCAGCAAGGUCUCAUUAUCUGGUUCAGCUGAUGAUAGUGAUGACAGAGAACCUGAUGCAAAUGAAGCUGGUGUUCUCCGGCGUGGGGGCAAUCUUGUUAUAAAGCUUCUCGAAAGCGAAGAUGUACAAGGAUUUUCAAAAUUUUGCAAGUCUCGUUUCAAGAAGGCAUCGAUGUUAAGGCCUAAGGCGACUAGAUCUUGUUCUCGAGAGAUAUACCUAAUAUGCCAAGGUUUAUUAAAGUAGCUGGAAUGCCAAUUGACGAUGUUGGAAUCGCCGUUUGACUCUGUAAGCACAACAAAUGAGUAGGAAUUUUAUUGGAAGUGUGCUUGAAAUGAUCAUAUGAUUAUCCUGAUUGCACUAGUGAAAACAUCUCUCCACGGAGUGUGGGAUGAAAACAUUUUUCAAAUCAUAAAUAAUAAUACAAUGAAUUUUU